UGGUCCAAAAGUAAAAAAAAAAAAUCCCGGAAGAGGAUGGAAAUGUUUUGAGCUGUGUAGCACCGCGCGUGCGAGCUGUGAGCAUGGUGCGGCUAAAAGCAAGGUAUCUGCUGUGUGAGGUGUGUGUUUCAGACUCCAGCAGUUUGAGGUUGUUGGAGGAGAAAGCUAUUUAUCAGGCGGUGAAGGCGGCGGUGAUUAAAGCGCAUGGAGAAUACGGAGCUGCUCUCUUCAGCAUCGGAUCUACAGUGACGUACCUGAACGCGUACACUGGUGUAGUGAUCCUGCGCUUCCGGAAAGCCCACUUUCAGCUCCUGUGGUCAGCUCUGCCCUUCAUCAGCAGUAUCUGGAGCCAGGGUCAGAAAGUGCGGUGUUUCUUCAACUGUAUUCACGUGGGAGGCACCAUCAGAACAUGUCAGAAGUUCCUGGUGCGAUACGGGAGACAGCAGUUAUGCAGAAUGCUGCCACACUGUAAGACAGAGGCUGAGAAACAGGAAGUGAGGAGAGCGGUGAUGAGCUGCUCACUCAAAAAGUUCAGAGUAGAUGACGACGACGACGACGACGAUGAAGAAAAGGAGGAAACCUAACCACACCUCACAGCACAGACGCGCAGAGACACACGAUUCGAGUUAUCUUACGUUAUCUGUAUUAUAUUUACUGUGAAGACACAUCUUAUACUUUUCCACUUGCUGUAAAAAACCUUUCCUAAGCAUUUUAUGUUUAUAUGCGUUCAUAGGCUGAAGAUUUUGUUUGUUUGCCAAAUGGCGUUUUAAUAUUAAAGAAAAUCCUCUUUACUCUUAAAAUGUCUGAUUUGUGUUACUGCGUCAAAACAGCAUGAUUGUUAGAGACAACGAAUAAAACAUCACAAAUAUUACAAUGUCAUGUUCAAAAGCUUGUGCAUUUCAAAAACAAUAAACAAAGAUGGUAUUAUCA